AUGACAGCUAAAAUUUAUUUAUCUACUUUUCGUGAAGUUGAACAUAUCGUCAAAAUGUUUGGUGUUGAAAUCAGAGCAAGUACUCAUUUUCAAACUGAUCGCUGGUCAUUACAAUUUGAAAAAGACUUCGUAGUUGACUUCUGUAUGGGAAUUCAGCUAGUUCGAGUGCAAAAAACAAAUUUAAAUCCUCUGAAUUUGCAAAAGUGACGUCUUGAUUGUGAUAUUAUUGUCCAGAAGACUUCGUGAGCAUAUUUACCAUCAUUAUUUGUUACAGCCUAUGAAUAACGAUUUCAUAUUUAUCUUUAUCAACUGAUAUCUAAUUAUUGACACGCAUGCAUAAAAGAAUCAUCAGUGUGCGUCAACUAGAA